AUGUGCGAUCCGGCGCGCGCGUACAUCGCCUACCACAAGCUGGGCGCUGGUAUGGAGGCGCAAACUGAGACGCCACAAGGCGACUGCGAGUGUGGCGUACAUCCAUCGGUCUUCUACCUACUCGCCACAUUGCUCCUCACCAGCUGCUCCACAGCAAUGCUUUGUGCUGCUAUCAUGACAGAGCAUUGGGAGCAUGUGUCAUGGGAACGAAACGCGUUAGCAGCUCUCGCAAAUGCAUCGAACACUGCACUGCAGUGGCUGCUAGAUGAAAAGGUUGUAAAGGUUGAAGAUACGAAUAAGAAAAAGGGUGGUGGAACAUUUUUGGUUCCUAUGAACGGCGGUAUUUGGAAGAUGUGCGUGUCUUUACAAGAGGAAGAAGUAUCGUUAUUGUCAAGGGCUGGAUUCCCGAUGGAGCCGCUGUGCACAAAUUAUUUAGCAGACGAUGAAAACGAGGAGCCGAGGGCCGAUUGGCAGCAUCGAAUGCAGAAUCUAUCAAUAUCAUGCGCGCUAGUUUGCCUCAUAGUCUUGGGAAGUGCUGCACUGGUUGGGGCUUUCGGAGUUUGUAAGCAUCAAAUCAGUGCUGUACUAAUUACAGGUGUUAUGUAUCUUUUAGCUGGUCUUUUCGCGAUGUUUACCCUAAUGAUAAUUCACUUCAAAAGAGUACAAAGGGUAUCAACACGAGGAAGUCCCCACGAAGAUGACACCGCCGACGGGGUGGUAGGUCCACGUGGGCCGGCUCUCCCCCUACUAUCUGCAAGAGAAUUCACCACCUCCUGGUCACUGGAACUAGGCUGGGGUGGGGUCGUACUAGCUACAACAACUUCUAUACUAUGGAUCUUAUUGUCGAAGAUAAUGAGAUAUAACCCUUUAUCCACUAUGUUGUUGUAA